CAAAGAUCUGACGGAGGAGAAGGAGGUUGCCAGCGAUGCGCUCUCAGACUUAAAGAGAGAGGAGGAAUACAAAACAAAUAUAUGGAAAGGUUUCCUCAUCUCAAUCCCAUACGCAGCCAGCAUUGGAGGUACAGCAACGCUGACGGGAACUGCACCAAACCUCAUCCUUCUGGGACAGCUGAAGAGUUAUUUUCCAGAAUGUGAUGUGGUGAACUUUGGUUCUUGGUUUAUGUUUGCGUUUCCUUUAAUGCUGAUUUUUCUUCUCCUGGGAUGGCUAUGGAUCUCCAUCCUGUAUGGUGGAAUUAACCUGAGGGGCUGGAGAACAAAAAAGUCAAAUAUAAGAGUGGAUGCAGAAGCCCGUGCCAGAGAAGUGAUAAAGGAUGACUAUCAGAAACUGGGUCCAACAAAGUUUGCAGAACAGGCAAUUUUCUUCCUCUUCUGCAUGUUUGCAAUCAUGCUUUUCUCCAGGGAUCCCAAAUUCAUUCCAGGUUGGGCAAGCUUGUUUGCACCAGGGUUUAUCUCUGAUGCGGUUACGGGAAUCAGCAUUGUGAUUAUACUGUUCUUCUUCCCUUCGCAAAAACCUUCCUUCAGGUGGUGGUUUGACUUGAAAGCACCAAACACUGAGACGCAGCCCUUGCUGACGUGGAGGAAGGCCCAAGAGACGGUGCCCUGGAACAUCAUCUUGCUGCUUGGAGGAGGCUUUGCCAUGGCGAAAGGCUGCGAGGAGUCUGGUUUGUCUGUCUGGAUAGGAGGCCGUCUGCAUCCCUUGGAGGGUGUACCACCGCCCGUGGCUGUCAUCCUCAUCACCAUUGUCAUCGCGUUGUUCACGGAGUUUGCCAGCAACACAGCCACUAUUAUCAUCUUUCUGCCUGUUUUGGCAGAGCUGGCCAUUCGUCUGAAAGUAAAUCCCCUCUAUUUAAUGAUACCAGGAACUAUAGGAUGCUCCUACGCAUUCAUGCUGCCAGUCUCAACACCUCCUAACUCAAUUGCGUUUUCUUCUGGACACUUGAUGGUCAAGGAUAUGGCGAGAACUGGGUUGCUCAUGAAUCUUAUGGGAGUUCUGCUUCUUAGCUUGGCUAUGAACACAUGGGCCAAGAGCAUCUUCCAGCUGGGGACCUUCCCUGCAUGGGCCAACAUCCAUGCAGAAAAUGCCACCUCACUCUUGACAGCUGUAGAAAAUGUCACUUUAAGUGCACUAAAUAAAAUAUGAACAAAGCCA